CUCCCUCCCUCUCUCUAUAUAAUCCCCUCCCUCUCUCUUUUUCUCCUUUCGUAGCUCUCUCUCUCUCAUUAAGUGAAGUUCUCUCGCUUUCGAUCUCUCAACGGUGGAGGACGGUGGAGUUGACGAUGGCGAAGAUGGGAGGUAGAGGCCGUUUGUCGCGAUAACGGUUCUAAUUACUGUUCGUUGGUUGGGUUGAGUGUUUUCUGACACUCAACCUCACCGGAAUCCACAAAGAAAGCUCUGCGAAUACAACAGAAAAGGCGGUUGGUGUUCGUUUUCCAGAUCCCUUUGGUAUCACUCCCACUCAUGAGCUGAUAAAUGGAAAAGGACGUGAGAGAAAUCUUCAGCCGUUCAGGACCUUUCCACCUAAAAUCGCCAGACUGGGAUAAUCCUGACCAUAGAAGAUCCAUUGCUGCAAGCUUAAUACAAGGAGUGAAAGUCCUAGAACGCGAUCGCCAGAAGAAGCGCGAUGGGCCUCAAGCUGAAGCUCCUCCUUGGUGGGACUUCUUCAAUUUCCAGCUUAUUGACCGUCUAGUCGACAUUGAAGACAAUUCCAUCUGUGGUGCUAUUUAUGAACUCAAGUCCUUCACUCACAAUGCCCCUCAAUAUGUAGUCGCGUUUCGUGGCACACUACUCAAGCUGGACACCAUAAGGUGUGAUCUCAAGCUGGACGCCAAGUGCAUCAAGAACAGACUGCACAACACCUCACGCUUCGAGCUUGCAAUGCAGGCUGUCCACAACAUAAUUUUGAAAGCUGGUGGAUCAGCUACUGAUGUUUGGUUAACUGGAUAUUCUCUGGGGUCAGCUAUUGCAUUGCUUGCAGGUAAAGAAAUGGCCAGAAAUGGCCAUCGUAUUGAAACUUACCUCUUCAGUCCACCCUUCUUGUCUGAGCCGAUGGAAAGGAUCAAUAACGACAAGUUGAAGAAAGUGAUUCGCUACACAAGCAGUUUUCUCAGGGCUGGACUUGCAAUUACAAUAAAGGGUACUUGUAAUCCAGAUGAGGAAUUUGUUAGAUUAUCUUCUUGGUUUCCUCACUUAUUCGUGAAUGCGGACGAUUAUAUUUGUUGUCCCUAUAUUGAUUAUUUCGAGCACAGAAUGAAAAUGGAUGGCAUUGGAGCCGGCAGAUUUGAGAGACUUGCAACACAGAAUUCCAUGACAGCUUUGUUAUCAACUGCAUUUGGGAAGGACGAUAGAGAACAUCUGCAUUUGAUUCCUUCAGCAAUUGUGACUACUAAUCUUGAAAAUUCCCCAAAUUUUAAAAGACCUCAUGGAAUUGAGCAAUGGUGGGAUCCUAGCUUUAAAGGACAGUCAAUCCGGUACCAGUUUACCUAGAUGAUAGUCUCAAUAUAAACGGUGUUUGAUGGAUGAAAGGGGGCUGCCCACGCUAUAUAGUUUUAUUACACAGCCUUGGAUAAAUUUAUUUUUAUUUUAAAAAACUGUAUUUGUAUAUUGAUGGUUUUGAAGAAUCCAAUGAUAUGUUAAGACUAUAUUUAUAUUUUGAUUGUUAAGUGAAUACUA